UGACCAUUACCCCACGAUUGCGUCGACCACGACAUCGGGCACUAGCUCUACGACGACAGUUGCACAGCGGCAACCAGAUAGAGUGCUCGAUUGGUGGUGUUCCAUGCAUGGGGUUGAUGCAAAGGGACAGAGAGUCAUACCUGAUCCCGGAACAAAACAGAUAGCUAAUGCCAUUAUUGGCUUGAAGGAAAAGGAGGCAGCUGGUGAGUUCACUCCUAGAGGACAAGUUGAUGCCUUACACGAGACUCUAGGACGGGACCAGUAUGGACGUGUGAGGGGCGUAGGAGGUGUCCGCCUCGGGGUGAGAAAGGUGUAUGGUGAUCAAUACACCUCUACGUCCAGAUCCACUACCUCCAGUGUCAAUUCAUCACCUUCCAUAGAUGUGGAGGCUAUGAAAGCCAACUUCGGGAGGAGCUCAGAGCGGAGAUGACUCAGAAUUUCAACGCCAUUUUGGCGCAGAUGGGCUUACCGACUUUUGGUGCUUUCACGCAGGGCAAUGUUCCUAUGCAGCCUGUUCCUACGCAGCCUGUUCCUACGCA